CGGGGAAUAACUGGGCCAGCCUGGCAUAUGAUUCCCAUCAACAUAUCCCUGGAUCCCAUUCCAAAACAUUCAUAGUGACCGAGCAGCAGCAAUGACUGAGAUACUGGAGGAGCGGCCUUUCGGCUCGCGGUAUACCAAUGUCUAUCUCUCGAUUUUUGUCCUUUUUUGCUUCAAACUAUUUGUAAAGAUCAGUUUAAACAUUCUGACCCACUUCUACGCGGUUAAAGGAAACCGUAAGGAGGCGGCCCGGAUCGCAGCUGAGUUCUAUGAUUUUGGCCAAGGGCACAGUUCAUGGGCAGAUCGUUCUCCACUCCAUGAAGCUGCGUGUCAGGGGCGGCUACUGGCCCUUAAGACCCUUCUGUCACAGGGUUACAAUGCAAAUAUCAUCACCAUUGAUCAUGUGACUCCACUUCACGAAGCUUGUCUCGGAGAUCAUGUGGCCUGUGCCAGGGCUCUCAUUGAGGCUGGUGCCAAUGUAAAUGCCACGACCAUUGAUGGUGUGAUCCCGCUGUUUAACGCCUGCUCGGCAGGUAGUGUCACCUGCACAGAGGUGCUGUUAGAACAUGGAGCAAAACCACAGGCAGAAGCGUGCCAACCUUCACCCAUUCAUGAGGCCUCCAGCAAAGGCAGGGCAGCAUGUGUAGAGGCUCUCAUUGCAUGGGGAGCAGAUGUAGAUUAUGACAUCCCGCAUCUAGGAACACCACUUUACAUUGCCUGUAUGUCCCAGGAACUCCAGUGUACACAGAAACUUCUGGAUGGAGGAGCCAAUGUGCAGAAGGGACGUUUCUUGGACACGCCCCUGCAUGCUGCAGCACAGAAGGAUUGUCCAGAAAUCAUCAGAGUUCUGCUAGAAUUCGGUGCUAAUAUUAACACUCGCAACCUGGAACUACAGAGGCCAGUGGAGACUGCGCCACCAAGCAGCACAGCAGAAGGCAUGCUCCUGCUUUAUGAGGCCACACCAAGGUCUUUAUGUCAGCUGUGUAGACUGAGUAUCCGAAACUACAUGGGCCGAUCCAGACUACACCUGAUCCCUCACCUCAAACUGCCUACACUGCUCAAGAGUUUUCUCCAGUACAGAUAGACUCUCUAUUCUCUCUGUUUAAGUGCAUUAAUAUAUGAAAGGUACCCACACUUGUUUGAGACUACCAACGCACAAAAAAAACACUAUCAUGCUGGCCAUUCUUUUCACUUCUGAUAAGUUCAAAUGUUUUUUUUUUUUAAAUAAAAUAUAUUUUAGUGCAGCUAAUGAACAUCACUUAUAUUUUGGUAAAUAAUACAUAAAUGUGUCAUUUGUAACCUGUGCAUUUUUAUCAAUGUUAGCUGCAUGGCUUCUUUGAUACAGAUUUAUCACCUUGGAAUGAAAUUAUUGUUAUGCCUUGAUAUGGACUGUACGGUCAACAUCACAAAUUCUCAUUCAUUCAUUUUAUUAAUCUAAUAAAAAAUAAAUAAAUAAAAAAAAAUGGAAAACAGUUCCAGUAGUAUUCACAAAAUUUGAUGCUAUCAUGAUUCUGCAUUCUUUACACUUCAUAAUUGCUGUGUAUAAAACUUUUAAUGGUACACUACUGGGAAGAUUCAAUCUAAUACUUUUUGCAUUGCUUUUGCCAUUAUGAAAUCAAGCAUGAAAAUAAACAAAAUAUGUGAAAUUCAAUUGUCUUUUUUUCUUUGUCAUUAAUUUACAGCUGCAGUUGAUAGGACAUUUCAGUCAUGCCUGAUUCAAAAAUCAUAUUAAUCAGCUCUUUUAUUUGAAUCAUUUCACAAUUAAUGGAAUCAUGUUCAAUCAUAGUCACAAAAAAGGUCAGUUUGAGUGACACAUGUCUUGCUAGAUCUUACAUAUCUUGCCUUGCACUUUUAUGAUACAUCAUUAUUCGAAGUAAACAGGUAACAGAUGGUUUGUUGCAUGCAGACUUAGUGGAUUUGGGUAAGUCCCAGCCUCAGUCCGAUGCCUGACUCAACUACAGGAUCAAUAUGUGAUGUUUAACUUUCCUUUUGUUAUGUUCCCUUUGUUGCGUAUGGAUAAUGCUAUGUACACCAAUCUUUGCUUGGAGUUUAGACAUAAACUCUAGAACAAAACUAUAUACAAAUAAAUACAUUUCACAGUGCAAUUUGAUGAAAAUAGUCUCUGUAUCUGGAUUUUCUAGUAUUAAACCAAAAUGUCCAUAAUUCCUUAAACCAUUUUACAGUACAUACUCAGCUAUGUGUGACAAUGCUUGCAACUAAAACAAUUUACCAGCCUGAAUGCCUGACAUUUAUAAUUUAUGUCUAAUGUGCUAUGCCAUAUUGAUAGAAAUACUUUUGUCUUUUACUUCUUAACUUCAUAAACUCCAAAGGUACAGCCAUGUAUCAGCAGAAAUGUCUUACUUUCUGUGUGAGUUUUCUCAGAUUUAUUGCCUAUGAUUUUCUAGACGUGUAUUUUGAAUAUAACAGCAAGGCUUAAUGUUCUAUUAAUGCUAUGUAAAUAAUGCUGCCAAAUUUAAUGUACAUAAAUAUUAAACCUCCAGAACUACUGUACUCUGUAAUAACCAUUCAUAACAGUCCCUGAAUGAAAUGAAGUAAUAUUGAAAUGUGAUUAUUACAAUAUACUUUCUUCGAACUCUCAGUUCUCUUAUUUGGGUCUACUAAAAUGAGGUGUAUAUUCACAAGUCAAUACAUAACGGAUAACAGCCAAAACAGCCAAACUGUUUCAGUGGCAAAGCAGCAAACCUAACUUGUCUCUCAUGAAAUUAAAUAAAUAAACAAACAAAGAAAACUGUACCAGUAAAUACCCUGUACUCAAGUCUUAAAAUAAAAGAUCAACAAAAUACUCAGAAGACUGCGUGAUCCAAAAAAUGCUCCACCUUUAUAAUAAUCUUUGACAGUUCCAACCAAAUAGCACCUAGAAUAACAGUCUUUGGGCUGUUGUAUUGACUGCAACCCUCAACACUGUUCAUCUGAUUCUUUGCAUAUACUCUGCAAGCUGCACAGUAAUAAGCACACCAUGGAAUGGCAAAGCUUCAGGAAACUGGUUUGAAUUUGCUGUUCUACGAC